UGUGCGCGCGUCAGCUCCGUCUUCUCACGUUCCAUCGUUUCUCUCGAUUGCCGGUCCGUUUUCGUUUCCGUUUCGCGCGAUCGGUUCCGGUGAACGUGCUUUCGCCGAUCGUUUCGCGUAACGCGGUCUUGGAGCGACGGUCUCGCGUGGUCGCGAUGCCGAUCACAGUCCGAGGAAACAGCAGGAGCUCGCGCGCCUAACUCUCCGAUAUCGGUAAUCGGUUCGUUCGCGCGUCUCGCGACACACCCGUUCGUCAUCCUGUCCUUCUUCCUUCUCUCUUCCUUUCCCCCUCCCCGUCCCGACCGAACCACGACACGUCUUCUCUCUCUCGCUCUCCCCGCUUCUCCUCCGUCCUUCGUUGCUCGUUGCUCCAAGUGUCAGUCCCUUUCGGUGUCGCGGUGUGCGCGCAUUACCAUCCUAGCGUACACGCUCCGACCACGUACAUACGCACGCGUUCGAUCCUAAACUUUCCACCUUCUUUUUUUAUUCUGUGCUUGUUGUGUAUCUCCCGCGAACAGCGACCAACGUACAAGCCAGAGAAAGCUCGCGCGCAUGUCAGUCACCGAGUGCGCCGCGUGUGCUUCUUUCACCUUGAUGACAGCUCGAGAACGUUGACCAGGAAGAAGAGGACCAUCGGAUCGCAGCCCGAGCUAGCCACCAGAAACGAUCGAACCAGAGACAUGGACACGUAUUCGGUGGACAGUGUUUGCCCGCGGUCUCGAUGAAACGUGCUUCGAUCCUCGAUCUUUCCACCGGUAACACGGCCAGUUAUCGACGGAGUCGAUAUUGAUUUCCUCUAUUCGCGACACGUGCGACUCUCGUGGUCACGAUAUUGGCCGGUGCGUCGUAAAAAAAAAUCUAAAGGUCGUCCAUUCGUGGUUUCGUUCGUCCAGUCCUUCGUCUCUCCGCGCGCGUUCCUUUACAACGCUGGGAUUUCUCUCGAAAGAAACGGACAGAAAUAAUAAGCUGAACGAUCGGACGGUGACAAACGUCGGAACUGUGCGGUUCCUUCGACUAUUCCCCGGAUAGAGAGAAUACGCGUUUCGCCAGCGUGCUCGGCUGUGAGGGUGUAUAUCGUGUCGUGGCGACCGCACCCGCGGUAAAGCAGCCAAAAUUCGGGUGAAGAACAGAGAACCGUUACCAUCCUACGCGAUGGAAAUGAGCGACGAGUACCAAGACAUGGGAAAUCCCGGAGGAGGGGUGGCUAUGGCCAACAUACCCAUAGCCCAUCAUCGACACACGCCCGACAGUCCUAUGUCGCAUCAGGAGGAGGAUCUGUCGGAUCCGGACCUCCAGGAUGAAGAGAGCGGGGAGGAGUUACCUCAGCAGCCACUUCAGGGUAACACACACUCUUCGUCGGACAAUGCAUCCGUACCGACCGGUACACCUACUCCAUUAACGCACUUGAACAGUCUGAUGAGCACGCACCAUCCGCACUUUCUGGCCAAGCUUAAAAUGGAGCAGCAGAACGACGUGGACGCGUUGAACAACAAAAGUGGUCUGGAGGCGCUUCAAGCGGCGAUGGGCAGCGGCGGAUUUAAUCUGCCGUUCUCGUUUCCGCCGCCGGCCGCGUUUUUAACGCCGCAGCAUCACUCGCAGAACAGCCAUCCGCAGUCGGGCAUCGUCGGUGGUAUAGGGAAUCAAAUGACAUCGUCGGCGAGCUCGCAUUCCAGCGAAUCGUCGCAGGGCAGCGCGCGGAACGGCGGCGAACCUCGGGAGGGCAGCAAUCAUUCGCAGAACAACUCGACGGGAACGAAUCACCAGCAGCAAACCAGCUGGAGCUUCGAAGAGCAGUUCAAACAGGUGCGUCAGCUGUACGAGAUCAACGACGAUCCGAAAAGGAAGGAGUUCUUGGACGACCUUUUCAGUUACAUGCAGAAACGAGGGACUCCGAUCAAUCGACUACCGAUCAUGGCGAAGUCGGUGCUGGAUCUGUACGAGCUGUAUAACCUGGUGAUCGCUCGAGGCGGUCUGGUCGACGUAAUCAACAAGAAGCUCUGGCAGGAAAUCAUCAAAGGCCUCCACCUGCCAUCGAGCAUCACUUCCGCCGCGUUCACUCUGCGCACCCAAUACAUGAAAUACCUAUACCCGUACGAGUGCGAGAAAAGACGAUUAUCAACGCCAGCGGAGUUACAGGCGGCGAUCGAUGGAAAUCGUCGGGAAGGACGAAGAAGUAGCUACGGGGCGUACGCGAGCGGCGGGGGUGGAGCAGGUGACAGCUUGGUGCAAAGGAAUCCGCAUACGCCGAGCUCUCUCGCGUUGCACGCGCAAAUAUCGCCGCUGUCGUUGGUAACGGCGGUGGCAGCCGGUGGCCAACAUCACGGGCCGCAAUCUCUGGUGAACGGCAGUGCCGCGCACACACCACUGCCCCACCAUCCUCACCACCCCCAGCACCCUCAAGGAUCACUUGGACAACCACCGAAUACCGGACCUAUACCUGGAAUGGCUCCGUCCGAAUUCGAAGCACGCAUGGUCGAGUACGUAAAGCUGUUGAACAAGGAAUUGAGGAGCGCGGGUGCCGGCACCCCACCGCCGAUGAUCCAUCGGCAAGGAAGCGCUUCUCCACCGUCGUCGACACCGCCGAGGGACGGGGCAUUCAGCGCUCUCGAGAUGUCCCGACUGACCCUGUGGAACAUGUACAACAAUAAUACCCUCUACCCAGGAGUCGGUCAUCAGCCACCCUUGUCGCCCCAAGCCUCCCAUUCGCCUGUACCUCCAGCGUCUAGCCCGGAACCACAGAGAGAAGCUCUCGACUUGGGACUGAGGUCGUCGCCGGUGUCUUCGUCGCCUGCGAGACAAAGUUCGCCCUCCUCGGGCGGUAGCAUGCAAGUGAAAAGGGAUCCGGACUUAAUCGGAACCCCGGGGCCACCACCAGCUAAAAGGUUACUCUCGGACGACGACAGUCCGAACGAAAAAAAUACUCCAACUUCCAUAGGCACGCACAUUAAAAUUUCCAAUCGAGGAGAUGGGAGAAACGGCGACAAUUCCUUGGUAGUUAGUAUGGAGCUAAAUGGAGUAAUGUAUCAAGGCGUUCUUUUCGCCCAAAACGACAGCAGGACCACGGCCAGUACGACAACCAAUAACAACAAUAGUAGCACGAAAGCGUCGCGAAGCAUUGUCUCGUGAACUAAACACACAUACACACACACGGUCUGCCCACACUGUGUGUCUCGAUACCUAAUUAACGAUCGUAGCAUUCAUCCGCAGCGAUAAUAGCCGCCUCGUGGGCGAACGAAGCAGUCUGCCAUACGUUCGGUCGCCGAUCGAACGAUGUUUGCAAUUGUACAAAUUUCAGAGCACUAUUUCUUCCACGGAAGUCGGGAUACGGUCUGGAAGAUGCUUGGUUCUGAUUCAAUUCGCGCGUCCCUUUAUUCGCAAGACGCGAAAGGGGAUCGUUUACUCUGCUUUAACACGGAUUUAUUGUUCGUUGUUAAGAUCCUCGGUCGGAACAAACCGGCAGCUUCUUCUUCGAUGGGUUCUGAGUUCGUAUUGUGAUACUAGUUGCUCAUCCAAACGGUCGUCGGUGCUCGCUCGAUUUCUCGUUUCUACGUUUUGCUCGCUUCGACGAACUUUACAUCCGUUUAGGUACAUUUUUCUCUCAACGACGACAACGAUGUUGGAUGAACGACAACGAAUCGAGCGUUUCCGCUGGCUUCCCGUGCAUUCGUUCGAGUUUUCACAUUUUUUCCGCGUGAAAACUCGAAUCGUUAUCUCGUUAAGCUCCAUACAUACGUAUAUGUAUACACUUGUAUCUGCCAGACCAGCCGGGAAUUGUAUACACGCGAAAUAGAUCUGUGGUAGGCUGCUCCAACUUCGACGACGAUUGUAUUGUUAUGUCGUGUGAAUAGUAAUGUAUGUAUGAUUUGUGUGCAAUGAAAAAAUGUCGUGUUUCUUUUUUUUUCUUUUAAUUUUAUUUCUCAGUAUGCCUUGCAUUCCUUUCGUUCGAAGAAUACUCGGAAGCGUCGCUCGUCAAUGAUCUCGUAUUGUCUUCCGUUUCGUUCGAUCUAACGUUACACAUUAGAAAAGUAAAAAUAGAGGAAAUGAUAAAAGCAAUGUUGCACGGGCGACGCGAUCCGUCUGGACACUAUUCUCCAGAAGUAUCUUGAUCGAAAGCACUCGACCCGAUCGAAGUGACGCUCCGUGAAACGAACUUCCGAACUGGAUCGAUCAUUUGUCUUCUUUUUUUUUUUAUUCCUCUAUCAUCGAAUCAAAACAUCUUAACUUAUUUAUUGCCGCCGGUUUCUCGACACCUCGAAAACUAUAGUGUUGUUAGUUUCUAGAAAUCGGCCUCUUUCCGAUGUUUUAUAGCAUUUUAAAUCAGUACGUGUACAAUUGUUUUUACCGCGACUAUCGACUAUCGUAUUACUGCGCAUGUAGAGCAAACACAAACACAUACACAAGUACGCAUGUGCAUGCACACAUACACACGUAUAUACGUAGAGAAAAGAUUUGAGAUUUAAGGCUCUCGGGGCCUCAGUUUAUAUUCGAGUUCAUCGCUUCCGGAUGGACGUCGCGUCUAUGUUCACCGAUUUGCCGAUAUUUCGCAAACGUUGCAGUUUGCAUAUUCAGAACUGAAGGCUCUGAUUUUUUAGAGACCUUAUUUAGCUUAUAAAUGUACCGUUUCGGGCCCACAACCAUCGCUAUAUAUAGGGACUUUGUCUCCAGUCCCCAGCCCUGAAGAUGCAAACUGCAACGAUUGCGAAACAUCGGCAAAUCGCUAAACAUAGACGUAAUAGCCAUCAAGAAGUUCUGAACUCGAGUAUAGAGAAAGAUUGUUCAUCUUAUCGUUCGUUCGUUAAGUGUACAUAGUCAUUCGAACUUUCUUCUUUUUUUUUGGUGGUUUCUCACUUGCAAGGGACAGAGCUCAGUGCGACGAUAUACAAGAGGUUAAGCUAUUAUUAUUAUUCUUAUUCUUAUUCUUAUUUUUAUUGUUAGUUUUAGAGGAAGAGAAAAGUUUGUGUAUCAUAAUUUUUAUUCUUCUACGCAGGACUAAUUUUUAUUUUCUUCUAAUAUCUCUUUCGUUGCGAUCCAACCGUCUGAACAAUUAAUCAGGCACGGGAAUGGUGCACGAUCGUACGGUUCUCGUUCAUAAUCGUUUCCAUUUUCGUUCGACCGAACGAAAGGACCACCGCGGUUCGUCCGAACCCGCUUCUAUCGUCUCUUUUACUUCUCGACGUUCUUUUGUUAGUAUGUAUUAUUUGAUGCGAGAGGAACAAGCAUUAGUCGAAGGCAUUUACUCUUGCGUAGGAUUCGAAGGUUCGGUCGAUGCAUCGCAAUACCAUUGUAUCGAACCGUGCAGUCUUCGAACGGUGGACAAUACGACACACAUUUAUCGAAACUUGGGCCAGUUCGAUACAAUUAUCUGUUACGCGGCAGGAUGCUGUGAAUCGCGGGACAUCAACAAACAAAUUUUUAAAUGUAUAAAUAAUUAGAAUUGUUAAUCUUACAUAAUGCUUAGUAUGUAUGUAUGAUGUAUGUAACACGCAGAAAGAAUCUUACAAAAUGGACACGCGCGUUUUUAGAGGCAGACAAAUGGACUCGUAUUCGCGACGCGCUGAGAACCGAAAUACAUACAUCCUUUUAUAUAGUCAUAGCCGUUAGGAUUACCGAUUUAGUAAAGUUAGGGUAUUAGCAGCGUAGCGCGCGCGACAGGAGUAGAAUGGGAAAAAUAGGUUAAAAAGAGUUCGCGAUUGUUCACCGAUCUCUGGUUAGAUGGCGGAAAGAGUGAGAAAUAAAACUGAUAGUUUUCGAUCAUCUUAGGUGAUAUACAUACGUGAGUCGAUAACGAUGCGAACGAGUGGGAUGAAACUGUUUUAUUGUUUAUAGUUCGAAGGUUAGGCCAAAAAGACUGUUACAUAGGAUGAAUAUUAUAUACAUACGGUAGAAAUAAUUUCUUAUCAUGGUUAUUAAGAACGAUAUUAUAAUCGUCAAUAUUAUUAUUAUGACUAUAUUUACUACUAUUCCUAAUCAUUACUAUUAGUAUUAUCGCAGCUAUUUACUAUUAUCACCUUGUUACGGCGUGAUAGCGAGUAACGGUUCUAAGAAAAUGAAAGAAAGAUUAACUUUUCGCGUAAAAAUGGAAAAAUACGGAAUCCAUGUUGCGAGAGAAUGGCGAUUUUGAUUUUUGUUUCUACGCAAGACGCGUUACCUUGCGCAGAAACGAAAGUGAAUUCAUGGGUUGGCGCGAUGAUCUCGGAAUUAAGAGCGAUAGAAAUUUUGCUUUUCAAAGAUACACGAUGUUUCUUUUAUCGCGUGGUAUCUACCACGUUUACCCCCCACUUUAUUUUUGAUCCAUUCCGAAACGGGAAAUUAACGAGUGAAAGAUCGAUAGAACGAUAUGUUUUUGGAAGUAUGCUAUGUCAAAAAAAUAGAACUCGCAAAAAUACGCAACGUUGUACUUUUGUCACGUUAAAUUGUGAUUUUCGUACGAAGCUUGCGACGCAAUUGUUAAUGUUUAUCAGGUCGCGCGAUGUGCACCAAUUUAUAGGUAUUAUUAAUUUCUUCGUCAAUACCGAAACAAAGAUGCAGCACCACAUUUACAAGCAUAAUAUUGUAAUAAUUAUUAUGAAUGUUGUACAUAUUAUAUAUGAUAUUAUCGAAGGCAAAAACAGAACACUGAUGACAUUUAACUAUUAUAGUUCUUCAUAAGUAGCAACUUAGUUAUCUGUAAAUCUAUGUAAACGAGCCCACGAAUAUCAUAGCGAAUAAAAUCGACAUUACUUUUAUAUCAGUAGUACUGCUAUCUAGUAGCACUCUAUCUCUGUCUAUAAACUUCCAAAUAUAAGUCAAGGAGAUUCUGUGGCCCGAAAUAUGACGAAAAUCAAGAAUGACAAAUUUGUAUCGGAGACUCCAUAUUGGAGAAAAAUGUAUUCGAAAAUUUGUAAUAAUCGUAAAAUUCAAAACUCACAUUGUUGCGUAGUUGAACAUCGUUUUAUGACAUCGGAAAACCACAUCCAACAGAGACGAAGUGAAGUAUAUGGGUCUAUCUUCAUUACUAGAAGAUAUUGCACUAUUUCUUAGAUUAAACAUAAUCUUUCACCACGAUGAAGCACUUUACACUACGUACGUACGUCGAUUUCUAAGUGAGCACUUCGAAUGUUGAAUUGGCGGUAGGAAAAACAGGGGCACCAUACCAGCUUUAGCGCCCCCUAGAUUUUUAUCUAUAGAGACAAUAGUCCAGGACCAAUUAAAAUUGAAAACCAUCUCGGGGGUUGCGCGAAUCAUGUUGCGCAGAAUAUAUUGCAAGAAAUUCAAAUAUAAUUCAAUUCGCGGGGUGCAACAUUUACGAGGGAACGGUUGGAAACGGUCGCCAUUUUAAACAAGUCUUUCAAAUGUGUAAUUCGUUAGUGCAGUUAAUUAUAUUCAUUGUGUACGUUUGUAAUACUUAACAACAGCUUGAA